AUGGCGCGACGGAGCUACCUCCUACCCACCAUCAUUCUCCUAUGCAUCACAUACGCUCUUUUUUCGAGUCUACCGCCCGGUGCGAAGCCACAUUACCACCAUCAUUUCAGAAAUCCAUACGACCCUCCCCCGCAUAAAGAGGGUAGGAUCCGUUGGCGGAAGCAUGCCGAGCAGUACCCAAUCUCCGAUUAUAUCCCUCUUCCUUCGACUGCGCCAUCUGCUAUUCCACGAAUUCAGUACAAGUUCUCCACGGAGUCGUGGUUUGCACGAUGGGGACGGGUGAAAAGGCAGCGUGCGGUCAAGAAAGCAUUUCAGCACGCGUGGAAAGGGUACAGGAACAAUGCCUGGCUGGAAGACGAGCUCUCUCCCCUCACUGGUGGCCACCGCGAGACCUUUGCAGGCUGGGCGGCUACCUUGGUGGAUUCCCUAGAUACUCUCGUUAUUAUGGGACUCACUGAGGAGUUUGAGGAGGCCGUGAAAGCGCUUGAGUACAUCGACUUCACUACCACCAGCGCCAUUCAGAUUAAUGUCUUCGAGACUAACAUUCGGUACUUGGGCGGGCUUCUUGGUGCCUACGACUUGACCCAGGGUAAAUAUCCGAUUCUCCUAAAGAAGGCAGUGGAAAUUGCGGACAUGAUUUAUGGAUCGUUUGACACUCGCAACCGAAUGCCGCAAUCGAGGUGGGAAUGGACCAGAUCUGCGGAUGGUCUGAGCAUCGAGCCGGGCCGAAACACCAUACUUGCUGAACUCGGGUCAUUGAACCUAGAAUUUACGCGACUCUCUCAACUGACAAAGGACCCUAAAUACUUUGAUGCUAUCCAGAGGAUAACGGAUUUUCUCGAGGAUACUCAGGAGACAACCGAUGUACCUGGGAUGUGGCCCAUGAUGGUCAAUGCUAAGGACUUGGAAUUUGCUGACCCCCGAUUCACCAUCGGAGGAAUGGCUGACUCGACAUAUGAGUACCUCCCGAAAGAGCAUAUGCUUCUGGGAGGGCAGACCAGUCAGUACCGUAGAAUGUACAACUCCUUCAUGAAGGCGUUGAAGAGCCGCCUGCUUUUCCGCCCGAUGACUGAAGACGGCCGAGAUAUCCUCUUUGCUGGGAACCUCCGCGUUACUGGAUCUUCAAGCCGAAAUAACCUAGAGCCCCAGUGGGAGCAUCUGAAAUGCUAUCUCGGAGGUACUGUCGGCAUAGGGUCCAAGGUGUUCGACCGACCCGAAGAGUUGGCUGUCGCGCGGAAGUUGGUCGAUGGGUGCAUUUGGGCCUAUGAUAUCAUGCCGACCGGGAUCAUGCCAGAGAUCUUGCAUCUUACAGUGUGUAAGGACGAUGAUAAUUGCCAGCUGCCUCAAAGCUCUCAGCCCACCAGCACCUCAAAGGAUGGCAAGAAGUUGCCGCCAGGCGUGGCCGAUAUUCCUGACCCCAAGUAUCUACUGCGACCCGAAGCUAUCGAGUCGGUUUUUAUCAUGUACCGUAUAACGGGGGACCGGUCUCUGCAGGAUGCGGCGUGGAGGAUGUUCCAAAAUAUUGACAAGAUGACGCGAACCUCGUUUGGACACGCAGCCAUUUCCGAUGUUCGGGACCCCGAGUCGCCGCAGAUGGACUACAUGGAGAGUUUCUGGCUGGCAGAGACUCUAAAAUACUUUUACCUUAUAUUUUCCGAGCCGGACCUCGUGAACCUGGACGAAUAUGUGUUGAAUACGGAAGCACACCCUUUCAAGCGUCCAACUGCUUCGAGUACAUAA